AACCCACAGAAGGAGUGAGAUUAAGGUUAGAACCCACAGAAGGCGUGAGGUUCAGGUUAGAACCCACAGAAGAAGUGAGGUUCAGGUUUGGCCGGGGAGAGGGCGCUCCACUGCUUUUCUCUGAAAUCAAAAUUUUGUAAAAUUCUGAAAUAAUAUUUAAUGGGAGUUUGUGUUUCAAACUGUGGCCCCCAAACGCUUUUGUUGCUUAGGGCCCCCAGAUUAUUAAGUGUGGCCCCGGUUGAGUUAGACGUUCAAUCAGUUCUUGGUUUUUCUACCUCUGUUGUUGUCAUGGAUGAGUGAUGAUCUCCCAGCAGGUGGCGCUCUGCUCUGACCCAGAUCAAGGACAGAGAGGGGGGAUGAGCCCUGCCCCAUAAAGCCACCAUGACUCAGAGACCAGACUCUGGACCUGGACCUGGACCUGACCUGGGUUUAGGGUCUGUUCAGAGACUCAAGGCGUUUUUUGAACACAAUGAUCACAUGCAGCAGUCAGCCGACCACAAGAUUCACCAGCAGGGGGCAGAACUCAGUCAGACCGUAGACAGUCUCGUACGUAGCCAUGACGACGACAAAGACGACGCCAGUGCCGGCGACAGAAGUAUUUACGACGUUGGUGGAAGAAAAGAUUCUUUAGUGUCUGUGAACAGCGAAGCAUGUGUGUACGUAUUUACGCUCGAAAAUGACGCACAAGACCACGACAAUGGAAGACUUGAUGACGUUUACGUGACGGACUCUUCAGCGCGUGUGAAGAGCGAAGGAUCCGUGUACGAGCACACGCUCGAAAGUGACGACGACCGAAGUGAAAUAAUGAUUUAUACUGACAUUAUCGAUGACGUUUACGAGACAAAAGUCUCCUCAGCGUCUGUGAAGAGCGAACGAUCCGUGUACGAAAGCAACGACGACGAUGAAGACGACGGAAGGCCUGUGUGGCACUGUUGCGCUGCCACAGCAGAACUGGAGAGGAAGAACAACAACAAACACAUGAAGGAGACAGUGAAGGUUUAG